AUGGGUUCCUGUCCAUCAAAUCAAUGUUUCAUCGAAAAGAAACCAACCGAAGAACGUGGAGUAUUCCGGAUAACAAAAGGAUGUCUCCGACGGUCUCCUCGAACUCUCCCUGGAUGUGAAUAUGAGCAUUUCGCCGAUCAUGUACUUUGUGUUUGUCAUGGACCGUUUUGUAAUGACCAUAUCUAUGUUCGCUCCAUAAUGAGGCGGAAUGUAACCUGUCGAAAAUGCUCUGAGCGAGAUCCGGACUGUGACGAUAAGUGUCAGGGACAAUGGUGCCACGAAGACAGUACGACAGGAGCUGCUGGAUGCGGUUUUGGACCGCCAUCGCUACCGUUUUUCUACCGCGGGCCAGAACUUCUUUACUAUAGGAACAAAGUUUGUGUGACGUUAUCACGUGGAGCAGGAAAACCACAUAAACAUUGUAUUUGCAAUACAAACAUGUGCAACGGAUAUGUCAAACCACUAGGACGAUAUCCGGUGUCGAUGUCCACUAGGGAUGGAGUCCUGAGGUCGAGAUCGCUAGCCCUUAGUGCUUCCGAUCCGACGUUACCGUACCGGACAUGUGUGAACUGUGAAAUCAAUUCACAUGAUGGAACUACAGUAACAUCAUCUUGUAAGCAGCAUAAAUGUAUCGGUCACUUCUGCACCUACGCAGCCCAACGACACGUAACGCAUAGCAUGGGACGAGCAGGACCCGUUCAGGUUAUAAGCGAGAAGCAGGGUUGUAUAAAUGUAACCGACAGCUCACAGGUACAAAUGGGCUGUUCCCGAAAAUGGAUGCACAACGAGUACGAAGAAGUGAUGUGUGCCUGUGAAUCGGACAACUGUAACAGGGAUGAUCUGACGGCAUCAGCUACCCAUUUACGUGUCAUUCCUAUUACAGCUUUAGUCAUCGCUAUUGUGACGAGUAGUAUGUGA